CUGGUGAUAAGAAGUAUCAUACUUUCACUGCAGAAUGUUGUUAUUGCUUCUGUGCUCCGUGUUGUGUGGGGCAGCGUUGGCUGACACAACCGUCACAAUCUACAACGAGUGGCUCUCCCAGGGUGGACGUGUCAAUUAUGAAGUUGAACGAUGGAACAACGUUAAUGGACUCACCCAAUUCUACCUUGUUCCAAAUAUGAAAUCUAUCGGAGCUGUUCCUGGGCGUUGGGUGAACAGAGACCUGAGAAAAGAUCUCUUUGCAAAUUGGACUGAAAGCCCAAGUCACCAUGGUUAUCCGGAUCCCACCUAUCUCCAGGACCAUUCUCUCCAGAGAAGGACAUUUCUAACAUAUCUGCGACAAUUGCAAAACUACGGGCCUCACACCACAAACAUGGUGUGGGAAAUGAAAGGUUUGGCCUGGCCGGGCUGGAUAGAUAAGUCUCAGCAUAAAGAUGUAUUCCCAAACAAUGUUGACGCUGCAUCCGAGUUUGUGUCACUGAUGGUUCAGGCUUGCAAGGACUACACAGCAGGACGCCUUCCUUACAUAUUUGAAGUAAUCAAUGAACCUGACUGGGAUGAAAAGUAUAUUGAUCCACCAACGAAUAUAAAUUACCACAGGGCUGUCGCCGACAAACUGAAAUCAAGAUUUGGAAUGAAAGUUGCCGGACCAUCCUACACGAGUGAAGCCUUACGACUAGCAGAUGAAAAUAACUUUAGCUUCUGGAAGAGAACUGCUAACUUUAUGGACAUGUCUCUUGAUCACUUGGACUUUUUCUCUUUUCAUUCCUACAACCAUAUGUUCAAUACGUCUAGUAAAUCCUACUAUGGCAUCAAUGAAGAUCGUCUGUUUGCUUCCCUUGACAUGGUAGAGAAUUACUCUCAUAUCAAGAAAGGAAAAAGUGUUCAAUUAGUCAACACUGAAUUUGGAGUAGGCUUACUUUCCCUGGGUGUGGCGUACGAUUUUGAAAAUCCACUGAUAGACUUUGAGACAAUUUAUCAGGCGAACGGUUUCAUGUUUUCUUUCCUUAACCUGAGAGAGUUCAUGGACAGAGCUACAAUAUAUCUCCUCGCAAAUGAGCAAUACCCAGGUCAUACUUCCCUUCGGAAUUCCUUAUUUACAACUGAUGGUCAUAGCCUUGAGCCUGCCAAAUUCUUCCUGUUCUGGAAAAACUUUAUUGAUGAUCAAAAGUUUCUCCGGGUUUCUAGUCAACACGAUGGACAGGAGAAAAUAGUGUCACCACUUGCUCUUGCAAACCCCCACAACAAAGAGAUGGUAGUUCUUCUCCACAACUUUGGCAACAAAUUUGAGAACGUAAAACUGGACUUUCCAAACAACUGGCUCAACCCUUCUACAGGUGAACAGACAUGUAUUCUGUUCGAAAAGGGUAAGCCAGCUGUUCAUCCCAAUACCCAUUUCGACAUAUCUAAGCUUAAUGGCACCGUCGGUCUGCCUGGAUCAUCAACAUGCUUCUACAAAUUUCAAACCAACUACAUCUUUAACAGAUUACACACAGAUAAUCAGAAUACAUACUAUGGCAAGGAAAUGCUCGUCCCCAUUAGCAAUGGACGUGCGAAGACAACCAUCAGUGUACCGAGCUCUGGCUACCAUGAGGCUCAUCUUAGAGUUGGAAUUAGCCGUGGCAUGAGAGACAAUACAAAACCUAAGGCAGUUGUGUUCAAUGGUCGCACUUUGUCUCCAAGCUACAUGCUGUUUGAUUCCAUGAAGAAUGCAAAAAGGAGGACUACAACAUGGAACGUAUGGGAGUUCUUGGUACCUGAAACACUGAUAAAAACAACCAACACCGUCAGCAUGACCUUUGAUGGGGACGGUGGCAACGUGACAUCCGUUGCACUUGUUGCAGGAAAACUGCAGUGAAUAAAUUCUCCAGAAAAA